AUGUUUAGCUCCCUCUGCUGGGCAAAGAACCACAGUGCAGUCAACAUGGCGGCUCCCUUCAGGACGCUGUGCUGUUCAGUCCUGAGACACGGGGCAAGGCAGCUCAACACAACAUGCACCGCACAAGCUGGGCAGAAAUGGAGGCAAGAGAAUGGACUCUCCCGAUCGGGUUCUGAAUUUGGACCUUUAACAGAUCUUCCAGACUGGUCUUUUGCAGAUGGGAGACCAGCCCCUCCACUAAAAGGUCACCUAAGGAGAAGGCAAGAGAGGGAAGAUCUAGCUAGACGUAUUGUGAUGUUGAGCUCGGAGGUGGACAGAGGCAUAGAGACCUGGGCAAAGAGACAAGAGGAAGCCGAACAACAUGAAGAGCAUAGAAAAUCAAAAUUCCUCAAACCCAAAGGAAGACUAUUAACAAAGAAGGUCCCAAAGAGCUAGAUUCAAUGUUUUGUUUGCACAUGUUUCUUUGUUUUUUGGUUUUUUUUAUUUCAGAAAUUAAAUAGUUGAAUAAAUCUCUCUAUUUAUAAUCUGUACAAACCUUCUGUGAUAUUAAUUAAUUAUGUGCACUUAUAAUGUUUUCAGUUUUAAUCUACUUAGUAGAUUAACUUUAGUAGAUAAUCCUUAUCUACUAAAAAUAUAGAAACUAGAUACUCAUCUGAGCUCUAUCAGAACAAGUUUAAACCCCACAUAGACUAGUAUAUAGGGCUGGGCAAUUAGUUUAAUUAAUUAGAUUAAUUCAGGUUUUUAAUAAAAUUAGUAAAAUCAAGGAUUAUUAUCAAACAAAUUUACUCAUGACUUUCAUACUUGCAAAGCAGGGUUAUUGUAUAAAGACCUUCCCCUGUUUAAAAGACUAGCAAUCCCUGCUCUUAGAUUUAGAUUAAAACUGCAUAAAGAUUUUAUAUAUUUUGUCCAACAUUAAAAGUACUAAUGUUGAAAAUGACGUUCUACUAUCUAAAUAAAGGGUGUGUUUUUAUCA